AUGGCAGACGAGUGGUGGAGCUCGACGCGUACUGCCGACGACGACGGCUGGUCGCCCUGCUCCACAGCUCCGGCCACGGACCAGCUGGACGCUGCCGCCCCGCCAUCCUUCCUCGCUGAUCCACCCCAUCAUAUGGACUGGACGCAAGCCUACAUGGGCGGGAGAGCGCCGGCGGCGGCAGAGGCGACCACCAGCUUCAACGCGCUGCUCCAGCUCCACGGCGACACUGGUCGCCACUUCCUGCCUGGUCAGCAUCUCCACGCUGACGGCGCGGCGCCCGUGGCAGCAGCGUCGCAGAGCGCGUCGUCCCUGUACGCCGCCGGAAACCAGCUGUACUCCAGCUACGGUGGCGACGUGCCUGCGGCGGCAGCGCUGAUGUCGAAGCCGCCGUUCCCGCAGCAGGAAUUCUUUGGCUCGUCGACGCGGAAUCUCGGCGACAUGCCGGCAGCAGGGCCCAUGACGACCAAGCCGCUUCUCUUGCAGGCCUUAGAGCAAAAGACUUUCAAGGUGAGGAAAGAGAAGCUCGGGGACAGAAUCACUGCUCUCCAGCAACUAGUUUCGCCUUUUGGAAAGACGGAUACUGCAUCGGUUCUUCACGAGGCAAUCGAAUACAUCAGGUUCCUGCAUGAUCAAGUAGCUUCCCUGAGCUCUCCCUACCUGAGGUGUGGACGGCCUGUGCAGCAGCUACAACAACAACAGGCGAAGGACGGCGACGAGGCGAAGGAGGACCUGCGAAGUCGAGGGCUGUGCCUUGUUCCGGUGGCGAGCACUACUUAUGCAGUGGCUGCUAGCGAAACGGCGCCGGAGUUCUGGCCCUCUACCUUUGGGGGCACAUUACGGUAG